GGCGUCUGAGGGAGGGAGGAGGAUAGACCGCAGCGGUGGAAAGCUCUGCAUGAGAGGGAACUGCCAGCUGCUCGUAGAUAGAGAGGAUAUCUAACGACCACUGCAGAGCUUGGCCCCGCGUGGUCGCGUCCGUUCUUUAGCGGUCGGGGGCUCCCCGGGAGGACACGAAAGAGCCUUUUCAUUGGCCAAACAUUUCCAAAUAAGACCGACCGGACGGUACGAGGCUAGUGCCCUCCUCAGACCUGCCAUGGCGCUUGCCAAGGGCCAAUCACUUGCAUCGCUGCAGAAAGAGAAGGCGGCGGCGCCAGGCAGCACAACGGCGCCCGCAACAAACGCAGCGGCUGACGCGCCCGGUUCGGUGAUCAACUUAGCUGGCGACGAUGGGAUACCUCCGGCCGCUGCGGCAGCGGUACCCCAGGGGCAGGCAACAGUGGCCGGUCGAGCUGCUGGUGUCUCCCCAGCGAUGGCGGGCGCAAGCGGAGGAGGCGCCGCCCCUCCCCCCGUAGCUACGCGCCCGCGGGGGGGAAAGGGGCUGAACUACCUCCAGCAGCGCGCGGAGCCGAUAGCGUUGCCUCCGCGACGGCUGCCGGGGGUGGUAGCGGGGCGGCGAAGUCGAUGGCCGGGAUGA